AUGAAUCCACCAACAACAAGCUUUCCAUCGUAUCUUCUUCCAUCUGUUUUUAAUCCACGUUAUCAUCAACAUUUAAAUCAUUUAAAUGAUAUGGCAUUUACACAUACAAAAAUGUUACAAGAACUUAUUGAAAAACGUUCAAUUGAUUCAUCAUCAACACCAUCAUCAUCGCCAUCAUCAUCAAUAUCACCAAUGGCAGCAACAUCAAAUGAUUCAAUUCAACAAAAAAAACGUUCGAAUUCAUAUCUUGAUAAUAAUAAUAAUGAAGAACAACAACAACAACAACAACGACAACAACAGGAACAGCAAAAAAUUUUAAUUAAACGAUCAAAAAUUAAUGAUGACAAUGAAGAUGAUGAUGAUGAUGAUGAUAAUCAUCUUAAUAAACGUUCAAGAAAACAAUUAAAACCACAACAACUUGUUACAGAAACUAAUCGAGCAGAUGAUGAUGAACAAUCAUCAUCUGAAGAAGAAAUCGGAGAAGUUCAUAGUCAAGAUGAAAAACAAAAUGUAUUUUCAAUUCCACAAUCACCAAUAUUACCUUUCUCACCGCAUAGUUUACCAUUUUUAAAUUAUAUUCAAGAUUUAGCACGAACAAAUAAUAUAACAUCUCCAAUAUCCAUGGCAAGAUUUCUUGAAAAUCUUCAAAAAGAAUUUUUUUCUCCUGUACAUAAUGCUGGUAUUGAAACAAAACGUAUAGCUCCAUCUUUACCACCAGUUUUUUCUCAAACAGUUCAUCAUCAUCAUCAUCCAUAUAUUUCUCAAAUUCUUUUUAAUAAUUCAUUUAUUAAUCAUUAUACACCUCCACCACUACCACCACCGCCAAUGAUUCCUUUUGGUAAUACACUAGCAGAUCGUACAUUUCCUUUUCGUUUAUCAACACCGAAAAAACGUCGUACGAAAGUAACUGAUACACGUUUGUCACCACGUAUAACAUCCAAAAUAAUUUCUCAUGAAGAUUUAAUUGAAGAUGAUAAAAGUUUAUCGAAUCAUUCGUUUGAAUCAACAACAUCAAAUCAUCAACAGUCAACAAUUGAAUACAAUGCUUUUCAAAUAAGUAUUCUUUUUUAA